AUGUCUCCCAAAUCCCAGAGAGAAGUUGUUUGCUUUUACUUACUUAAUCUGUUAGGUGUCUGGGCAGCUUCUACCCAGGGAAGAGCUAUGAGAACUGUAUGUCCAUCUUGUGGAGUGCAAGACAAAGAUGUGAUGAUGGAACUGGCUAAGAAACAGAUUCUACAGAAACUGCACUUAAAGGAAAGACCCAACAUUACACACCCAAUCCCUAGAGGAGCUGUUGCAAAUGCCUUGCGUAGAUUGCACUUGACCAAGCCAAGGAUGGAGGGGUUCCUAGGAAGCUGGGACAGUAAUGCAGAUAAUUCUGCAACAGAGCAGCAGAGUUAUGAAAUCAUCAGCUUUGCUGAAUCAGAAUACAAGAAUGAAACUACAGCUACAAUGAAUUUUCAAUUCACCAAAGAUAAGGAACAAAAUGUGCAUGUUAUCCAAGCUCAUCUUUGGGUUUUCUUCAAUUCAAAUAGCCAACAAAAUCAAACUGUAAGGUUAUAUAUAGUCCAGGAAGAAUUUUCUCAGCGCAUUUUUAUAAAUCAGAAAAUCCUGGAGCCCAGAUUGAGUGGUUGGCAAACAUUUUCUUUAACACCAAUGCUCCAGAGCUUAUUUGAUGGAGGAAAUAAGAGCUUAAAAUUGGAACUUGAUUGUGAUGAAUGCCAGGAUAUGCCGGUCUUCUUCAACCCCAAUGACUCUCACCAGCCUUUUCUAGUAGCCCAAGCCAAAGUAAGAGAAAUAAAUCACCAUGCAUCAAAAAGAAGUCUUAACUGUGAUCAGAACUCCAACCUUUGCUGCAGAAAAGACUAUUAUGUGGACUUCAAAGACAUUGGUUGGGAUGACUGGAUUAUAAAACCAGAGGGAUACCAGAUAAAUUACUGCAUGGGGCUCUGCCCAAUGCAUAUGGCUGGUGCCCCUGGCAUGGCUUCCUCAUUCCACACUACAGUAUUGAAUCUCAUCAAGGCCAACAAUAUCCAGACGGCAGUAAAUUCUUGUUGUGUCCCCACAAAGAGGAGCCCAUUGUCCAUGCUGUAUUUUGAUAGAAGUAACAUAAUUCUCAAGACAGACAUUCCUGACAUGAUUGUAGAAGCGUGUGGGUGUAGCUAG